CACACCUCUUCCCACCGAAAAUUUUCAUUCACAGCGAUGUUCUUGCUGGGACGCGGCGGCGGACGACUGGGGGCGGUGGGGCGCGCGGUGCCGGGGCUGGGGGUGCGGCACCGGAGCAACAAGCAGCGGAUAGCGCCGAAGGAGAAGAAGGCGGCGGUGGAAAGGGACGCGAGCGGGCGCCCGAUCGUCGCGCCGCGCGAGCGGAGUCUGGGGAUGUACAAGGCGAUGGGCGCGGGCGCGCUGAAGCACCCGCUGUUCGAGACCACGGAGGAGCCAGGCAGGGUCGAGCUGGACGUGCCGCCGCUGCACCCGCGGAUGCUCGCGCCCGGCGUCGCGACGCGCUUCCAUGACGGGCCGACGGCGCCGCUAAGGGUGUAUGGGCUGCCGAAGCAUAUGCUGCUGGAGUUCCGGAUUCUGGGCGCGCCGGUGGCGGUCACGACGGGCGCGACGCUUUCCAUAGUCAGGGCGCUGGAGGAGGCGAAGGCGUACCCGGCAAGACUGGUGCUGAACGGGCGCCCCGGGUGCGGCAAGUCGUUCCUGCUGCUGCAGGCGGUGCAGUACGCGCACGCCGCGGGCGACUGGGUCGUCAUCUACAUCCCCAGAACGCGCACGUUCGUCGACUCGUCCACGCCGUAUUCGUAUUCCCUCGCCACCAGAACCUACCUCCAGCCGCGCGCCGCACGUGCGACGCUGUCCCGCAUCGGCCGCGCGAACGCGCACCACCUCGAGCACCUGUCCACCACGCAGGAGGUCACGCUCGUCGACGGCGGCGCGGCCUUCCCCAUCGGGACGCCCCUGCAGACGCUCAUCGACGCGGCGGCCGCGGACGAGGCCCUCGCCCCCGCCGCGCUCGACGCCGUCAUGGCCGCGCUGGGGGGCCAGACGCUCUUCCCCGUGCUCCUCGCGAUCGACGACUUCCAGACGCUCGCGGGCGGCUCGGCCUACCGCGACCCCCAAUUCAGGAUGAUCCGCCCGCACCACCUCGGGCUCCCGCGCCUCCUGCUCGAGUACGCGAGCGGGAAGAGGAAGUUGGCACGCGGCAUGGUGCUCGGCGCGCUGUCAAGGUCGGACAACAAUUUCCCCGUGUCGGACCAGCUCGCGGACGCGUUGAGAUUGCCGGCCCACUACGCGCCGUCCCCGCGCGCGGCGCGGAUUAGGAAGAGCCGGCAGCUCGCGGGGUAUCUCGAGCACCAGGUCCCGCUGGAGGCAUACAUCCCCGAAGAAGACGCCCUCGACCACGAAGAAGAAGACGGCAUCCCCCUGCAAAACCUGCUGGACGCCGCCGAACCCGAGGACGCCGCGGAGCUCCCCUGGACGGGGUGGAACGUGUACGACCCGCCGGUGUACGAGGACACGCUCGUCCCGACGCACCACGACCCCGCGCCCGCGCCGCGCCCCGCCGAGCUCUGGCGCGCGCUCGUCGUGCCCAAGGACGGCGCCUCUGUCCCCGCCACUGCUCCGGACGCCGACGCGGAGGCCGAGGCCGAACCGGAAUCCGGCCCGGCUCCCACGCCCACGCCAACCCGCGGGAAGCCCCGCGCCCCGCUCGUCCCCGCGCUCCGCGCCGUGCGCGUGCCCGACGCGCUCUCCCCGCGCGAGGCCGCGGGGCUCUUCGAGCUCUGGCUCGACGCGGGCGUGCUGCGCACGGGCGGGCAGCGCCGCGCGACGCGCCGGACGGACUUGGUCGCGCUGGCGGGGUACCGGGCCGGGGCCGACGCCGACGCCGCCGAGGCUCCGGGGAUGGAGGGAGAGGACGGGGAGCUGGAUGCGGAGGAGUACGAUCCGGUCGCGGCGGGCGAGGCGGGGGACGUCGCGGACGCGGUGGAGGGGUACCACCUCGCCGCGGCGGAGGCUGCUGCGGCGGGCGGCGAAGGGGCCGGGCCGGCGGCGCAGCUCGCGCGCGCGGAGGCGGCGACGCUCGUCGCGCGCAUCCGCGAGGGGCAGGCGGCGCUCGCGGGCGCGGCGAUGAAGGGCGUGCGCACCCUGGAGGGGGUAGUGGAGGUGCAGGCGCGGGCGCGCGAGGCGGCGGGCUGGGAGGCGGGCGUGCGGUCGCUGGACGAGGAGCGGCGGGGGCAGGUGGCGGUGGAGAUGGGGCUCGUGGAUGAGGAGGAGGAGGGGAGUGAUGAGGAGGUCAGCGAGGACGAGGAGGGAGAAGAAGAAGAAAGCAUGGCGGCCCCGGCCCCGGCGGACCCCGCGCUCGACGCCUUCGCCGCCGAGUUCGUCGCCGAGGUCGCCGGCCUCUCCGACCCGGCCGACGCCGACGCCGACCCCUCCUCCUCCUCCGACCCCUCCCUCGACCUCGGCGACCCGCAGCUCGCCAACAUCGUCUCCACCGGCCUGCGCGGCGCCUUCGCGGACCCCGCCGCCGUCGGGGGGCUCCUCCGCGCGCCCGCGUCGAACGCGGUGCGCGUCGAGCCCGAGGCGGGCGCGGACAGUUUGUUCCUGGCGAAGUACGCCGAAAGUUCCGGGAACGCAAGGGGCUUUGUGAGGGGGCUGGUGGGCACGCUGGGCACGAGUGCGUGGGGGCGCUAG